AUCUUUACCGCUCAGAGAUGAUUCUCUACCUACACAGAUUGUGGAAUAGCCAUUAAAAUGUUAUCGGAAUAGCGCGCGUUGCGAACUAGCUUACGAGUCAACCAAUCGAGAACUGUUUGUGAGUCGGUGGGUACGUUUCCACGGAAUGUGAGCAACCGUUGAACGAAGUGACGAUACAUACACAUGUAUAUUUCGUCGCGAUAGUCGUCAUCGUCGACGUCGGCGUUGAUUGUGUGCCGAUCUCGAUUGUAGCGAAUUGAAAGCAAACUGAUUUGCCGAUAGAAAUAAAGCAUACAUACAAAAAAUAAAGUAAAAAAUAAAUUUCUCUCGUAACCGAACCUUAUUUAAAAACAAAAUAGCUUCAUUAGAUAGUGACAUCGUUAUCCUUUAUUCUGGUAUUUAUAGAUUCGAAAUUGAUGCAUUCAACAUUUUCUGAAUGUGAAAGAAACAAUUUGAAAUAGGUAACGAAAAAGACACAUUUCUUCGUUGCUGCACGCGCGGGCUUUUUUCCGGGUGUACAAUUUAUAUGCGUGUGAGUGCGCCAUAGAUAUCUUAUAUAUUGUAUAUAGGAGGAAGAGAGAACGACAUAGAAAAUCAGCUACAAACGAGAGUGAUAGGACUAGUUCAAAGGAAACGAGAAAGCUUCGAUAGUGAAACGGAGUGAGAACGAGAGCGUUAAGCAGGGUGAGUGAGGAGAAGGAAGGAAUCUCCGUCAAAAUGUCGCUGAAAACACCAACGCGGAUAGAGUGAUUGCUUUUCGUCAUUUAAUAGGGGGUUUUGGUAAAGUUAAUUAUUUAAUAGUACCAAAAUUAUGGUGUCAACUCGCCAGUCAAGUAGUAUGAGUGGAAGCAAUGGUGGUGGGCCAGCUGCCGAUGUUACAGAUGUGAAUUCUAGAAGACAUCAAUCUGUAGCAAUGACUAACUCUUACAACGGAGCAUCUGUUUCAGAGCCACCACCUUAUAGUAAUUUAAAUCUUCUUGACUUACCAGUUGAAAUUCUUGAAAAAAUUUUCAGCUAUUUGGAUUAUAAUACAGUGGCCCAUUUACGUCCAGUUUGUCAUCAGAUGGAUCGUGUUUGUGGAUCAAUUUUGAAUUCUACAUUUCAAAAACUUCAAGCACAAAUGUUGAGUCGUUUUCAGGCAAUUAAAGCACAAAUGCCAAGACGUGAAUCUGCACGUCGUAAUCAUCCAUUAGCUUGUGAAUCAGAUAUUAUUGAAACUCUUCAUAUGCGUCUUACUUUACUCCAGAUGAGUUUUGGCAAACAUAUUGAACGUAAACAUUGUUGUUUUUUUCCUGGAGAGAUUUUAGAUGAAGUUUAUCGUAUUUUACAUUACAUAAAAGUUACUCCAAAAUUAGCUAGACCAUAUAAAGUUACAGAUGAGUUAUUUGAUUUAAGUACUAUGGCUAUGGAAUAUUUUAAAGAACGCAUUGAACCAACAUUACCAGAAAUCCCUUAUUUUGGAGCUGAUUUUUUAGAUCUUGCUGGGACAUUUUCCUCUUCUAGUAAUGUGAGCAAGCCAUUUAUGUGCCUGGAUUCUACACCUUUAACUGGAACUGGUAAAUCAGGAAACAAUAGUGGAGAAGAAGGAACUCCUCCACACUCUUCAGAUGAUCCUGGUCUUUUAGAAUCUAAUGUAUCACCUCCACAAUCAAAUAUGGUGUUACGAAAACGAAUCCGUAAAAUUAAACAAGGCAUGAAGCGAUAUAAUAGUCAGUUAACAUUAAUGCGUAGAGAUUUGAGGAGUUGCAAAGCAAAGAUAGCAGAACAACAAAAACAGAUUAUUGAAUAUGCUACACGUCUUGAUGAAAACGAUAAGAAGAAUGAAGAAACUUCUCGUAAAUUUAGCACACUCCUACAGGUAUUUACUAAGGAAUUGAACAAGUGUAAAACAGAACUUCAGUAUUGGCGAUCUAAAUCUCCGGCAAUACCAGUGUGUGUAGUCUGUGGUCAAUCUGUAUUAGUACCAACAGAGGAUCUGCAAGCUUUAACGAAUCAAGGCGUAUUACCGGAAACACUUGAUGAAGGAUUAGACUUCAUUCCUAUAGCGGAUGCACAAAGUCUUACUGAAGUGGCACCUCAAUCCACAAUUACACAACAACCUUCAUCGCCACCACCACUACCACCACCACAACCACCAGCACCAACAGUGGAAAUGGCACCUCCAAAGGCACCUAUGCCUUCAUUACUUUCAAAACGGAAAUCUACUAUGGAGGAAGCACCGAGCGACGCUGGAAAGAAACCUCGUCGUGCUGCCAAGUCACGUCAGGUUAAACGCUCGAAGAUAUAAUUCGAUUCUGAUCAUGGUACAAAAAUAUCUGUGUAACAUCUUUACUAGGUUCUUGAAAGAAGGUUUUCUAUUUGAAAUAACGUGUUUCUUUACGCCAGCGAACGAAUGAUCUUAGAAAAGUACAAAAUUCUUUCUUGAACGUCCUACAUUUCGCGCAACGAACCUCAUUUUGAAAAAUUCUAGCCAUGGUUAUCGCGCGAAAGGAAUUGACGCGAUUGAUUUUCCUAUUUUAUUACGGACGGAUUUGUCACACAUAGUGGCGUCUACAAAUAUUCUAAAUGAUAGCUGAUCAUUCGUGUCGUUCGUAAAGCAACAAAAGAACUACUUUUUUCAAACCUUUUUUAAUUAUUAUUUUCAUAAUAGUAUACAAGGAGAACAGAAGGAUUGAAUUUUAUAUAAAAUGUUUAUUUUACAACAAUAUCGUGUUAAUAGAACAAAUAAACAUCAUAUGGUGAUGUUUGACUAACAAAGCAAUAAUUCACCUUCUGUAUUCCUUGUCACAAUAGAUGCACUUAUUCAUUAUUUACUUUGCUAAUGUGUGUAACAUUUUUUUGUCGUAAUAUUUUGCUCUAAACAUUUUAUUUUUAAUAGCUUAAUUUAAUAUCUAUUAGACAAUAUGCAAGAACAAAUACAGAAAAUUUAAUCAAAUGAAAAAUAUUUUCUCUAUUUAAAUUGCAAAAAUUCUUGUUUCAUAUUUUAUAUUUUAUUGUUUAUUAUAGCUUUGAAUUAGAUAAACAUGAUUAAAUUUGAUGAAUUAGACAAGAAUUGUUUCUUGCUAGAGAUUUUUAUAUAAAAUUUCGAGUGGACAUUAGACAUGGUUGUAGCAAAUUUUAUUUUGCAAUAUCAAUGAAUAAGUACCUGAGAGGACUGAGUGGGAUUAGUUCGCGCAGGUACUCCAAGUUCAUCAAUAUUCAUAUCACUUUCUUAAUUUAUCUAAGUCUGCUCAAUUAAAGAAAGAAAAAACAAAACAAAAAAAAAAAAAAAAGAAAAGAGAUAACAAUUUUUCUAUAAAAACGGUUUGUGCAUACCAUUCAUGUUAUGUUAUACAAAAUGAAUAGUGAAAGUCAAAGGCUUGAAAAAUUGAAUUGCUUUUGCAUAAUGAUAUGUGAUAUAUUGAUUUAUUUUUUUCAGGUUAUUAAUAAAUGAAUUUAUAAUUAAAGAAAUUAAUUUAAUAGAGCAGCUCACCUAUAUGAAAUCAAAACAAUUAUAAUAAUAUAAAGUUUGUGAGCCUUAAAAAAUACGAAGUUGGGGAGGAAAUGAAAAUAUGCUGAAAUACCUUAAUGGAAGUUAUUUUUUUUUGACACGCCAUCCUUCGAAUGAUUUUCUUCAUGAGAUGGUGUAUAUUGCAAUAUUAAUAGCGAUAGAAAAUAAUUUAUAGGAUCAAUUAUUUAUAGGAAAAUUAUUAUUAGAUUGUUUUUAAAUAUUUUCGAAAUAUUAAUUUUUUAAUUUAUCAAUCAUAUUGA